UAGAAUUGACCCCAGGGCUUCAGGUGAUGUGUUUAUUUGUUUGUUUACUUUUGUGGCACGGGGAAUGGAACCCAUGGCCUCACACAAGCUAAAUGAGUACUUACCAUUGAACUAGACCCUCACCUGAGGAUCUGGUGCUCUGUCUUCCUUGGUGCCCCCUGCUGUUCACUUACCCCACGAUACCACUAAUUGACAGCCUCCGUCUAGCAAUCGAUUAUGCCUGUGGUCCACCAGACCCCUCAGAUUGUUUUCCAUUGCUACACCUUGGGUAGUGCCUCUGUCCUGUUUUCUGGGUGUGGCACAUCGUGACAAUGGCCCCUCUCCCUUACUGCUACCCUCAUAGCUGGGCUCCUGCCUCCUCUUGGUCACUGGGGAUAUAAACUUUCACCAGAUUUUUCUUUGGCCUCCAGGCUCCUGGGAGGAGGAUCAAUAUAGAUGGAAUAGGUGGUGGGGUUUUAGUAGAGGUGAAACCUGCUUAUGUGGCUACCAUGGGACAAGGCUGAGUCCGGGACCACCAGGUUAGAAGGAGCUGGUCAGUGGGUCUCAAGACACAGCCCCUGCAAAAUGCAAAUUCUCAGCAAUGUUUCUAUGCCUUUCAGGUGGUUCUGAUGUGCCCUGAAGUUUGAGAGCUUUGGGUCCAGGUGGGAAAUGAUGGUGGCAGGGCUGAGGUCCUGGCAGUGGGAGUAGAGAGGAGAGUUCCCAGGGGAUGUGGGAAGCAGAGUCCACAGACAAGACACACUUCUCUCUGGUCCAGCCCGUACCCCCAGGGGUCUUCCAGUCUGUCCUUACUGCCUGUGGCAGGUGUGUGGUCCCCCUCCCUCUCUGGCUCCCUUCUUUACAAAUAAGCAGCUCCCAGCCCAGCUAUUGUAGUCAAGGUGGUUGCCACAGCAGUUGACAUCAGCACUCUGGCCCCCGAGGAGCCUGUCACCUUCCUGCCUGCCUGAAGCACUGCAUUACUGCUUCUAUGAGGAGUAGAGAGGAGGUGUUUGGAGCCUCCCACCCUCACAUACACAUACCCCAUUUUAAGAACCGGGUGGAGCAGGGAGUGGUGACAAGGGGACAAAGGGUGGGGACUGGGGAGGCGGAGUCCUCUGGGGCGGCCUCUUCUCUUGGCAUCUGAGGCCCCAGCCCACUCAGCUCCUAGAAGGCCGAAGCAGCGCUUGGGCCAUGGCAGAGGAUGGGCCAAAGCAGCUGGAGAUGCCACUGGUCUUGGACCAAUACCUGACCAAGCAGAUGCGGCUGCGCAUGGAGAGCCUGAAGCAGCGUGGGGAGAAGCGCCAGGAUGGUGAGAAGCUGCUGAGGCCAGCCGAGUCUGUGUACCGAAUCGACUUUAUCCAGCAGCAGAGGCUGCAGUUUGAGCGCUGGAAUGUUGAGCUGGACAAGCCAGGCAAGGUCACCAUCACAGGCACCUCUCAGAACUGGACACCUGACCUCACCAACCUCAUGACACGGCAGCUGCUGGACCCCGCUGCCAUCUUCUGGCGCAAGGAGGACUCAGAUGUCAUGGAUUGCAAUGAAGCUGAUGCCCUGGAGUUUGGGGAGCGCCUGUCAGAUUUGGCCAAGGUCCGCAAGGUCAUGUACUUUCUCAUUACCUUCAGCGAGGGGGUUGAGCCUGACAACCUCAAGGCCUCUGUGGUGUUUAGCCAGCUCUGAUGGCGGCUACUCCCUGCCUCCCUGCCACUCCUCCUCUGGCCCACCACCCUCCCCCUACCUAGACUUCCGCCCAUGUGCAUUUCUGAGGACUUUCUUCUAGCUCUCAGCCUGUCCUGGGCUUGGCCAGAGACCCCCUGAGCCCCAUGUUCUUCCUCUCUGUGGUGCCUGUGCUCUGGCUCAUAGGAAAGGCCCACAGCUCCAUGGUCUAAAAGCUGGACCAUUCACUGCCACUGCUGCUGUAGAUGAUAGAUGCCUCGCCGGUGCUACCAUGGGCGGAGGGAAAGACCACAGGACUGCCUUCCCUGCUUCAUUAUGGUGGAAACAGACUGAAAGAGACUAAGAGAGAAAGAGACAGAGAGAGAGAGAGAGAUCCAAACCACCCGCCAUCUGGCUUCCUCCAGGGACAGGGAGACUGAGAUGCAGGAGCAGCCUCCUCCUCUGGGAACCCAGCAAGCAGGUGUUUGCUGCCUGCUGGCCAUAGCACCCUUUACUGAAGCCCACGUCAGGAUUUGAACACCCGGCCUGAGGACCCAGGAAAACACCGCUCCCAGCAUUGGGCUGGUGUGAUCCUACAACACCUCAAAGCCCUCAGGACAUGGGGUAGUGUUGCUGCAGGUUGGUUUUGGUGGUGGGAUUAGCUGGUUUUGCAGAACUAGCUCAGGUUCCUGUGACUGCAAGCAUGAAAGUGUGAAGGGCAGUUUGUCAAGUUGAGUAAGAAAUCUAGCCACGGAUACAUGUAGGUAUAUAUACUGAGAGAGAAUAUGUGUGUGCUGUUUUUCAUACAGAUAUAUAUUAGAGUUCUAUACCUGCCCUACACACAAGUCAACCUGUAGAUUAUCUGUUGAAUAAUUGCUGUUCAUGUGUGGUUCUCAGCAGGGGCUUGGCUGACAUGACAGUGGUUGAAUCCCCCUUGGUGCAGGGAUUCCUUCUGGGAGAUUUUGUGAUUCACUCAGAAAAGGAGGAAACAGUUUAGUAGAGAGGAGUCCAAAGUCAGGCUUCUGUCAGCUCACUGUGGUGGGGGCAGGUGUUUUGUCCUCCUGAAGCCUCUCUCACCAUUUCCCCUGCUGCUUUAGGGGUGCUCUGGUGGGCAGGGAAGGCCUGAGGGACUGGUCCUGCUCAUUCAUCCCUUGGGUUAUGUUCAGAAGUGGGCUGGAGGCAGCAGUGGUGUGACACUCUGGCCUCUGUGGCCAUUGGGAACAACCCUCUCACCAAACAGACUAGAAACAGGCUGGGGGCACGGUUAUCAGCAGGUUCAAUUCCAGCCCCAAGCUUCAUUCUCCUUCACAUUGCACAGGCCCAGACCCCCUUUUGAGGAGGGGCCUGAUCUGCUGCCUGGGUUCAGCUAAUAGCCUCUCAACAAGUGCCCCCAACACCCUGUCCCAGAGCCAGCCAUGUGUUUUGUCCCUGGCCAGUUGUGUGUCUCAGACAUUUCUCCUCCCAAAACAGAGCCAGGGCACUGCCGCUUGGGCCUGAGAACAGUGCGUUGAGAGCUGAGAGGUGGUGGAGCGGAACCAUCCCUGGUGGCUGGGGCUGCUGGAGGGUGAGCCCCAGGUGUUGGAGUGGAUGCUAGGGGCAGGGGUUGGCUGACGGGUGAGUUCUGGUCCUUUGAAAUAUACAACUCUGAGUGUGUUGGGGGCAUGCUUAGAGAUGGCCUUGCCUGCGGCCAUCACUGCCUUAUUCUCCACUGAGGGCUGGGAGCCCUGCAGGUAGACCCCUGGGCAGGGGCUCUUCUGCCUGUUUUCUUGACCUCCCCCGGCAGCUCUGGGGAGACUCUUGGUCCAGACUGCCUGUUCCCCACCCUGCCACACCCCAUCAGCCCCGUGGGGUCCCCAGUGUUUCUGCUGUUCUGCUGUGCCUGCUGUGUGUCCCCAAUAAAGGCUGUGUGCCCGCGCCUUGGUGGUAUGUCUCAUUGUGAAUGCUGCUCCCCACUGGAGCUGUGUCCUCUGCCUCCUGCAUCCCCUGCCCUUUCCUGCUGCCAGCUUUCAGGGAUGAGCCCAGAGCAGUCAGGUGACUGCAGACCUUAUAUCAGGGUUUCACAGGUCUCCUGAUUUUCUAACAAUAGCCCCAGACCAGCCUCUGGGAGGGGUAUAGAGGGAGCUGAGGGAGGCCAGGGUUGACUGCGCAGGGGCAGAUGGAACAUAAAGAGUGGCCAAGGAGGCAGUAGGAACAGCCCUGGGCCUGGGUUUAGCCUGGCUUCCCCUGGCCUGGUCACUGAUUGGCUGUGUCCUCUGAUGGACCUUGACCUUCCAGAGGGAACAGCCUGGUUCUGUGAAGCCCCUUCCUGUCCUGCUCCUCUGGCAGUAUUAAACCUAUAACCCAAUAACACUGAAACUGGCACUGAUAGCCACGAGCCAGGCCACACUAGUGCCCCAUCAGUCCUUCACACCUCUCUCCUCUCAGCAUCAUUCAAAUCUUCUCUUGUGGACAGAGACAACCAAGACCCAGAGGAGGAGACCUCCUUCCCAGCUUCCAGAGGAAAUGGGCUUGUGGAUCUUUGACCCCACAACACUGAUCCCUGGGAAGGGCCGAGGAGAUGUGUCCUUCCCGCCAUGGGCUCAGGCUCAGCUAGGUGACUUCCUUUCCAGAGACAGUCAGAGGCCGCACUUGUGGUUCUGCCCAGGAAUGACCCUGCUUCAGAGCUCUGCAGCUGUGUCUCACUGCCUCUCUCCUUUACCCCAGAGCCUCCCUCAGCUGCCACCUCAAUGCAUCCAGAGACCCCUCCCCAGCCCAGCAACCCAGUUUCUCAGAAGUCUCUGCUUCCUGAACACACCCCUCCCCAAGCCUGUCUCCCAGCCACCAGCCCCAGCCACUCCUACAGGUGCCUCUGGAGGAGGGAAGGUCCCAUUAGAGGAGGAAUCCAGCUCUCCUUGGACAGCAGAAGUGGCCUGGCUCUGUCCCCAGAGCACACCAUAGGGAAAUCACCCAUUUUCCAUAGAUAACACAAGAAAUGAUAGGCCAAGGAGACUUGCUACUCCCUGAGCCUCUGCCCCUCAGAGGUAGGGUAUCCCAGUGGUGAGGGCCCUAGUCCUGGGCAGCCACUGGCCAGCUGUGUGAUUCUGGGCAGCCUCCCCGAGCCUCCUAAAGGUUGAAUGAGUUAAUAUGUAAAGCAUUUGAGCUCCACAAAGCUGAUGCGACACCCUCUCCUUUGUGCCUGUUGUUACUGCCCCAGUUACUGCUUGUUCUUCAGAUUAUUCUUUUCUAAAUUUUAUUUUUAUUUUAUUAGUACAUAUCUGCAGUUCAUGCAGUUUCUUCAAAUUAUUCUAAGGAGGGGUCAGGAGAACCUGUAAACUGAGCAGGUACUGGAGGUUCUGAGGUGUGAAGGGAGUUGCCUGAGGUAAACACAGCAGGCCAGUGCCCAUGGCAGCAGGGAAUGGGGCCUGGAGAGACUGUCAGGCACCGGCCUGGCCUUGUAGUCCCAGAGAACAGUCUUGGGGUGCAUUCUCUACCACCCUGCUCAGCUCAGAUGGUCAGCUGAGGGGGUGCUUAGCCCUCACAUUGAAGCUGGGGAGCAGAGGUCCACGGGAGGGGUCUGCCCAAGUCUGGGGACCUACCUGGGUCUUGGCCUCAGCGAGGGUGGGAAUCCACCCUACAUGCCCAAUCCCUGGGGAGCAGAUGGUGACAGCACCCGGUCUUCCUGGACUCUUCCAGUCCCAGCAUGAGAACCCUGGGGGAUUUGAGACUCUUGGAAUCAGAAGCUGAGACCCAAGGAAUCUCAGAGGCUCAAACUAGGAGCCCACUGAGUUUCAGGACUCAGACAGGCCUGUGGCCCACCUUCCCUAUCUUGGAUGACAUGGGAACCCCCUUGCAGCCCCCUUACCUCACAGCCCUGCCUGUGUUGCUCAGAAAUGCUGUGAGCCAGCUCUCAAGGUCCCAGGCAGAAAUUUGGAAAGCCCCCUCUGUGUGUUCCCACAUCUGUACACACAGUGUCACAGGUGUGUGUUCACAUACAGGUCCUGAGCAGGCUGCCCUCCCUAGGAUCCUGACCCUCUCCUCUCUGUCACAUGGCCUGUGCAGUGUCUGCAUCUGCUGCUCCCCCCGGGGGCUGAAAUCCAGCCCCUAGGAUCUGGGUGGGAGCCCCAAGAAAACCCAGGAGGUAGAAAAAUGGGACACUGUCCUCUUGGGAAGGAAGAUAACCUGGCAUUCCCCCCACCACCCACCCUGGGGUUACUGCUUGUUGUGCAAGUGCCCACACGGGCACUCCAUACACCAAAAGGACAAAUCCUAUGUGCAGAGCCCUCUACAGUGUUUCAAGUACCUCCGAGGCUAUCUACUUUAGUUCUCAUGGAGGUAGAGUAGGUAAAUGAGCAAAUUGAGGCUCAGAGAGGUAGCCUGGUUCAAACUUAAGUCCCUGUCAUGCAGGAGGUUGAUAAUAUGGUGUUAAGUAGUGUCUACAAGGUCAUCAGCUGGUUGGGAGCCUCACUGUGAUCAGCAUGGGGGAUUUUCCUCUCAGUAAGACUCUAGUCAGCUUUGAAGCUGAGCCGGGCCCUGUCCAGCAUGCUGGGGACUGGGGAGGAGUCCAGCUUGGCCCCUGUCCCUAUGGAGCUCCUCCCUGUCAUUGAGGAAAGGGACAGACUGGUGAGCCAAAAGGCGGCUCCUCAACUGUGCCUGGGAGUAGCCCUUAAGGGACAGGGGAAGGGGAUGUGAAGGCAGAUGGACCCACACAUAGAGGGGUGAGAUGCCACAAGGCAUCCUGGAGUGGUUGGCAAGCAUGGUAGAUUUCUGCAGGGCCCACAAGAGGCAUGUUGAGGGAUGAGGUGAGGACCAGCAGAGCCCACACAUAGGGUUUGCACUGCCAGACUGUGUUGUAGUGUCUGUGGUGAUGGGGAACUUCAACUAUAGACACCACAAGAGUAGGGAGCACCUCCUAAUAUGCUCCCUAUACCCAUCUCUUUACGACAAGGCCUGUCAGCUACUCCUCACCCCAGCAGCUUAUCACUUCAUCUGUAACCAGUUUCAUGUGGAUAAAGCUGUGAAAGAUAAAUGCUCAUGAAAUAACAGUAACCAUGAUCCAAUUGAGAUAUUUUAGAAUAAUUCCUUAAUGCAGGUGGUGUAUCCCUUCUCCACAAUCCUUGGGUUCCAUAAGUGUUUCAGAUUUCAGUUUUUCAUAUUUUGAAAUAUUUGCAUAUGCUUUAGUAGUUGAACAUCUCUAAUCUGAAAAUCCAAAAUCUGCAGUGCUCCAAAAUAAAAAAUUCUCUCAGUAUGAUGUUCAGCACUCAAAAAGUUUCAAGUUUCAGAUUUUUGAAUUAGGGACAAUCAAAUUGUAUCAUCGAAUACCCAGCAAGUGUUCUAAUUUUCAACUUGUGCCCCAAAUAUGCAUGCACAUUACAGUUUGUUUGAAUGAGAUCCAAAGAUUCAUAAUUGCAAUUAGUUGAUUGCCCUUCUUUUUAUUUUUCCUUAAAGUUUAUUUACAAAAGAAACUGGGUCAUUGGUCCCAUUGGAUUUCCCACUGUCUGAAUCUUAUUUACGGCACCCUUGCAGUGUUAACAUGCUCUCUGCUUCCUGCAUUUCCUAUAAACUAGUAUUUGGCUCUAGAGGGUUUAUAAGGUCCAGGGACAAUUGUUUUUUGGCAUAGUGCUUCAUAGAUGUCAUGUUCUUCAUUCUGGAGGUGGAGAAUAUCUGGUUGUCUUAUCUCAUGAUGGAACCACCCAUCAGUGAUCAUUCCCUAAAUUUAUUCAGUGGUUGCAAGGUGGCCUCAAUGUUAUCAUUUCUUCCUUGUUUCUUAGCUGGAAUUCUUUUCCAGAUAGAGACCUCACAUCACCCACUUUUUGGUUACCUUGUGGUACAAUGUGUAGAACAAAGGCAGGAUCAACGCUAAAUUCUUCCCCCUGAUUUCUCAGUUUCCAAAAGAUGAGUUGAUUCCUUACCUUCCUCCAACAGUGACUGUUCUGUGUCACCAUGACCUCGUAAACUUGAUCCUAUUGCUGUGUUUUAAUCUAUUUCAUUUAUCCUUAUCCUCAGAAUGGACUUGGAGUCUGAAAGGAACCUCUUCAGGCUACCUCCUGACUCCUUCAACAUGACCCCAGGAAGCUUGGUGGCUUCCUUGACUUCUGACAUGGCCAGAUGUACACUGGUAGGGUGUUAGUGUGUGUACACAUGGGAGCACAUCUGCCUGGAUAGUCUUCUCCCUCCAGCUCAGUACCCCACUGGCAGCAGAGGGGCUGAGCAGUGAGAAGGCUGUGGGGCCAUGCCAGGUCCACUGGCUGGGAUGCAAGAGGGGAAAUUGAAGGGCCGGGGAUUUAGCUCAGUGGUUCCGCUGCCUACCUUGCAAGCACAAGUACCCGAGUUCGAUCCCCAGUACAAAAAAAAAAAAAGAGGGGAAAUUGAGGCCCUUGGGAUACCUGACUCUGGAUCCCCAGGCCCUGGAGCCUCAUUAGCUUCUUCUUGAGCCAUAGAGAGCUCCGGGCCAAGCCCUGAGUUUGUCUAAUGAUCUUUCUGAGGUCCCAGAGUACCUUCUACACCCUGCAACUGCUGCCUGCCUCCCUCCUUCCCCAUGCAGUCCAGAGCACUCAGACCAGGACCACAGGGGAGGAAGGUGCAGUGGAGCCAUGGGCCCAGCCCCUGCUCCCAGCUCUCUUGCUGGGAUCGCCCCAUGCAUACCCCAUCUCUCUGAGCCCUUGGGCAGCUCCCUGCUUCUCUUGGAACUCAGCCUGCCCAUCUGUGCAGUGAGGAUGAUCGUUCCCAGCCUGCAAGGGGCUCAUUUUUGAUAUAGUUUUCUGUCUCGACAGCAAAGUGGGAAGAGAGCAGUUGGGGGAAAGGCAGGCUGGGAGUUUGUUACUUAAAAAGGGCCUAGCUUUGCAGAAGGUGGGGGAGGGGAUGGGGGACCAGAAGCAACGGGUCUUGAGCCUCGCUGGUUUUCAGACACAGGAUCUCAGGCUCUGAAGCCCAGGUCACCUAUGCCUGGGGCAGCCUCUCCCAGCCACAUCCCUGGCCUCAUCCCCAAAGCAGAGGGGUGAUAUCGUAAACAGCCCAGCCCUGUGUCUGGCACAGCGCAAGGCGACAUUAGUGGCAGUGGUGCCUCUCUCUGGAUUAGCAUUUUUAUUUUCUUGGCCUUGAAUGUCCACUAGGGAGCAUUUUGCUUUGCCAAAUAUCCCUGUUGAUGGUAGGAGGUGUGUAAACAAAAGCAUCUUUAAUGAGCAUGGGGAUGGGGAGUUACAGCUCAUGCUGGCCUAAGCUCUGAAUUGAAGAAUUGAAACUCCUGUCCUUUGCCUGGCUCAGCCUUCGUGCCUGGGGUCCCGCUCUGUAUACUGGGGUGAUUUUCUUCUAGAAGGAGCUGCUCAGCCACUCUUGGUGCUGUACUCUGUAGUUACCCUGACCUGGGGAGGGGGGCUCGGGGUGAGGGGUUUGCUCUUCCCUGCCCACCUCCUUCAGCCCAGAUUACCUGUCUGUCCUGGUAUGCUUGGGUCACACCCUAUGCCCGCUCUCAGGACACCUGCUUAGACCUACUGCUGGCCUCUAGGGUAGCCCCUCUCGCCCCUCUCUUUUCUCCAUGGCUCUGCAGGAGCCUCAGCACUUUACCCUGUGCCUACCUCUCCCAUCAGCCUGGGGUUCUCCUGAGGGCAGGGACCAGGUCUAGUGCAUCUGGGUGCUCAGUGUCCGGCAUGGGUUUGAAUCCUGGCUUUAGAGUCACUUCUGUCUGCUCCAUGGCGAAUGUGUAUAUUUUCUGGCAGAGCAACCCUAGACAAGUUACUUGCCCUCUCUGAGGCUCGGUUUUCUCAUCUGUCAAGUAGGGAUGGAUGGUAAUGAUCUACCCUCAUGGGGUUAUUGUGAAAAUUAAAUUGAGACGGUCCGUGCCAUUCAUAGGCCCUGUAAAUGAUGAUGCCCUGUAAAUAAUAGAUAUUAGCAGAGUCCUAAUCAAUGUCUAUGAAUUUAUUCAUUAAAUUAGCAUAUGUGUAUUAAGCUCACUCUCUUGGCCAGGCCCUGGUGAGAUGCUGGGUAUAUGGUAGUGACCAAGACUGAUAGGGUCUUGCCCUCAGAGAACUGAUGUUCCAGGGGGUAGUUUCAGACAUUGAACAGUGUCAGUGGGGUAUUUAAUGUAUUUAACUCAGUAAAUUCAAGUAUCUCAGAGGAGAAGUGCCAGGGGCUGUGACUCUGGUGGAUAGGGCUCUGGCCUGCCCUGGAGGCAGGGAGAGCUUCCUGGAAGGGGAGGAUAGACAUUUAAGUGGGUGGGUGAAGAGGCAGAGCAGACAGCUGGGGAGCUUGUGGAGCAGGGAGCUGGGUGGGGCUGCCACUGGGAGUAGAGAAAAGCGGCUGUGGAGGUGGGGACAUGAUUAUGUCGUUCUGCUGCUGUGGGAGUGGCCAAGGACACACGUUACUGCAGAUGCUGUUACAGAGGUAAUGGGAGCUUGGGCCAGCAUGGUGCCAACAGGAUGGAGAGGAGGAGAGAGGUUUCAGAAGAAUGCUGGGUCUAGAGCAGCCUGCCUGGAGGGCACAGGGAGAGUAAGGAGGCCAGUGCAGAGAAGAUGGGGGAAAGAUGCAGAGAGAGGUCCAG